UGCCCCGCGCCCCACCCCACCCAAACACCGGCUCUCUCCUCACGAACUCCCCAGUCCCCCAAGGAUCGCCACCGCCGGAGGACCCGAAGAAUGGACGCCAGAAUCGGGGCUUCAGGCCGAUCGCCGGCCGCUGGGAGCCAUGGACGGAGAUCGUAAAUGUCUCCGUUUCGCCCCUCUCCAUCGGAAACCUUGUGGCGAAGCGACUCGCCGUAGGAAGUCAUUCCCUGUUUGAUACCUGAUUCGGUUGCAAAGGAUCGUAAAAAAUCUCGCGGUCCUCUGUUUUCUUGGUUUAGUUUUGGACGAUUGUGUUCGUCGACGAGUUACUGAUCGCGAUUGUAAUUUUCUUUCCAUUAUUUUGGUCGUUAUUAUUGUGUGGCGAUUUUGUUUCCUCGAAUCGUAUGUUGGGACUACUUUUGGCUGUUGAAAUCGGCACCGAUCUUGUCAUCGAUCUCGGAUAUCAUCGUCUCUAGCUUGAUUUGCUGCGUGGAGAUGGAGUUUUACUAGCUUCCAGUUUCGAUUUUGGUGAGAACAUGCCGUUUCCGAUGAAGAUCCAGCCGAUCGACGCGAUCGAUGUGCUGCUGAGUGAUCAAGUAAAGCCCGUGCCGAAGUGGAGGCUAAAGCGGCUGUUCGAGCGGCAAUUUCCCGGCGUCCUUCGGAUCUCGUCGGCGGAGCGGCUCGCCGGUGGCGUUGAUCUAGAGCCGAGCUCCGUCUGCCUGGACAAAAUGGUCCGCAACUUCAUAGAGGACAGUGGCGAGAAGCCCUCGUCCCGGUGCGGUCGCAGCCGCUGUAACUGCUUCCACGGCAACUGCGACGACAGCUCCGAUGACGACCUCGAGUUCCUCCCCUCCUCCAACGCCGGCGAUCCUCCGGUCGUCUCUGCCGCCGAGGUUAUUAAGGGUUUGGUGGUUUGCGCAACCCUCGCCGAGAGGAAUCUCUUAGCGGACGCGUCCAGCGUCGUGGAGAAGUGCAAGAAUUGCAACCAAAAGGACGAGCAUAUGAAGGCGAUCGCCGACGGGCUCCGAUCGCUCGGCUACGACGCCGCCAUUUGCAAGUCGCGGUGGGAGAAGACCCCGUCCUUUCCCGCCGGCGAGCACGAGUACAUCGACGUAAUCGUCGGUCUCGAGCGGUUGUUAGUGGACGUGGACUUCCGGUCGGAGUUCGAGAUCGCGCGGUCGACGAAGAGCUACGCUGCGUUGCUUCAGUCCCUGCCGUCCGUCUUCGUCGGGAAGGUGGACCGGGUGGACCAGAUCGUCGCCGUCGUCUCGGAGGCGGCGCGGCAUAGCCUCAAGAAGAAGGGCCUGCACUUCCCGCCGUGGCGGAAGCCGGAGUACCUGCGCUCAAAAUGGCUCGCUCCCUAUGAGCGAUCGAUCCUUCCCGCCGAUCCUAUGCGAGCAGCCCAAGUCGCAGAGAUUGCCGAAUCGGAUGGGAAAGCUAAAAGUGAGAACGGCGGGAGUGUUGCCGCCGCCGGGUCGGCGGAGGAAUCCCGGGAGGCGGAGGGGAAGGGAGCGGAAGUGGUGGUGGCGGCGCCGGCGUGGGAACUGCCGGAGGUGAAGCCCAAGGCGUCUCACAAGGGAGCCAAGGUCGUCACCGGCCUGGCUUCCGUUCUCUCUGAAAAGCCCUAAUUUUCUUUUUUUUCCUUAAUUUUUUUUACCUUUGAGGAAAAUGUUUAAAAAGGAAACCUUAGCAAAUUACGCUGCCACCCUUUUCUCCUACUUUUUAUGAGAGGGGCUUGUAAGAAGCGACGUCCUAUGACUAAAUUAGUAAUAGCUGAAAAUAAUAAAUAAAAUUAUAAAAAAUAAAAUUAUCUCUA